AAUUCAAUCAUCGCACUUUUCCACAGGGCAUUCAUUCUGAUGUAUGUUCAUUAUAAAUUUAGUAGUUUAUAUUUUGAAGCAAACUUGGACUAACAAUAUCGGUUUAUUAACAAAGAAAAACAUUUAAUUGCAAGAACUGUGAGAUUAUCAUCGUAUAACAGAAGCAAGAAUGCCGGCGUAUCAUUCCUUGAUAAAAGAUUAUUCCCAAUCGGUUGGAAAUAUGGCGAUCCUCCCGUUACGCACUCAAGCGCGUGGUCCUGCUCCGACCAACGCAAAUAUUGACCAGGACAUAAUCGAUGAAUCAUUGUAUUACUUUAAAGCGAACGUAUUUUUUCGUACCUAUGAAAUCAAGUCUGAAGUGGAUCGAGUGUUGAUAUACAUUACACUCUACAUCACAGAGUGUCUCAAACGACUACAGCGUUGCUCAAACAAGAACCAAGGCUUGCAAGAAAUGUACACUCUGGCGAUCUCCAAGUUUGAUAUUCCGGGCGAGGGAGGCUUCCCGCUGAACGCUGUUUACGCUAAACCAUCAACGCCUACGGAAGUGGAUUUGAUGAAGCAGUACUUGCUGCAGCUUCGUCAGGAAGUUGGCAUUCGGGUUUGUGAGAAAGUGUUUUCCGGAGAAGAUGGAAAACCAAGCAAGUGGUGGUUGUGUUUUGCCAAGAAGAAGUUCAUGGAUAAGUCGCUCUCUGGUCCGGGACAGUGAGGUGGUGUACUAUGGGGCACGUGCCGCAGGUAACGAACAUAUUUUUUAAUCUAUCGAUUCAGCGAGAAUUAAAAUAUCUAAUUUGGGGUUGAAAA